GUCUGUUAAAGACUGCCGGCUGACUAAGACACGCGUAGAAUUCCGAAAAAAAGCCAAGCAGUGGACAAUAGUGCGUCUCAAGUGGACGGAAGAAAGUCAGCAUGGGCCACAUGAAGAUUCGUAAUUAUGUUACCGACAGUGGCGAAACCCCCGGUAUAUUCAAGGUGUCCGUCCCGUCGUCAGCUAGCGGAAAUAUGUUCGAAGGCAGAGUAAGUUUAGCAAAAAACAACAUGCAAUGUUAUUUGAAAAUCUCAUUUGUGAGUUUCCAAAACUCCCUACAAUUUACUUUGCAGAUCUCGUUGUCGAUUAAGAUGGAAGAGAAGGAAAAAACCGCGAGACCCCAAUGGGGAAACGGAGUAGAGUUCCUCAUGUCAUGCGUGGCGUUCUCGGUUGGUUUGGGAAACGUCUGGCGGUUCCCGUAUACAGCCUAUGAGAACGGUGGCGGUGCCUUUCUAAUCCCUUACAUAGUGGUGCUUUUUGUAAUCGGUAAACCCUUCUACUACAUGGAGAUGAUCCUCGGGCAGUUUACCAGCAGAUCCUGCGUGCAGAUCUGGUCGGUGUCGCCUGCAUUCCAAGGUAUUGGUUAUGGGGUAGUGGUAUCGGUGUUCUCUGUAAUCACCUAUUAUUGUGCUCUUAUGGCUCUAACGCUUUACUAUAUGGUGGCUAGCUGCCAAUCGGUGCUCCCGUGGUCCUAUUGUUGGGAAGAAUGGGGCGAUGUGUGUUUCAACAGUUCAUCAAGCGAUGAGCAAACGAAAAACGGAAGCAGAAGUUCCGCCGAUUUCUAUUUCAGAAAGUAUGUUCUUAAUGAAACGGGAAUCGAGGAUGGGCUAGGAAUACCUUCGUGGAAGCUGAUCGUUGCGUUGCUAGUUAGUUGGAUAUUCGUCUACGUGGUUAUUUGCAAGGGUGUAAAGAGCACUGGUAAAGCGGCCUAUUUCCUAGCCCUUUUCCCGUACAUCAUUAUGAUUAGCCUUCUAGUAAGAGCGGUAACGUUGGAUGGAGCAGUAGACGGCAUUAUUUUCCUCUUCAAGCCCACGUGGAACAAGAUCCUGGAGCCGUCGGUUUGGUAUGCCGCCGUCACGCAAUCAUUCUUUUCCCUCGGCGUAUGUUUUGGCGCGGUGACCAUGUAUUCAUCCUACAACAGUUUCGAACACAAUGUGUCAAGGUACACGUCCAUUUCAAGUACUGUGUAUCAUUUUAAUCAUCGAACUAUUAGUCGAGUUGAGAAGUUCUACGAAAUUCAAGCGCAUAAAGAGUUUAUUAGAGAAUCAACAAAAAACUCUUGCAGAGACUGCACGAUCGUAACGAGUCUGGAUCUCUGCACCAGCUUGAUGGCAAGCGCAACUAUCUUCGGAAUCCUGGGCAAUCUUGCCCACGAGAUUGGUAGCGAUGAUAUCGGCAGCGUCGUACGCGCCGGGACGGGCCUGGCUUUCGUAUCCUAUCCGGAAGCCCUAGCGAAAUUCACGGUGAUACCGCAACUCUUUGCCGUGCUCUUUUUCCUGAUGCUCUUUGUGUUAGGUAUAGGUACUACCGUUGCCUUCUGCAAUGUGAUCAUCAGUAUCAUUAAGGACCAAUUUCCGCAGCUCAAUCAAUGGAAGAUUGCCGCCGUUGUCGCAAUCCUCGGAUUCUCGAUCGGCAUUGUCUACUGUACGCCCGGCGGCCAAUACAUUCUCAAUUUGGUAGAUUACUUCGGGGGAACCUUCAUUAUCGUGUUUUUAGCUUCCUUCGAAAUGAUCGCCAUUUCUUGGGUAUACGGUAAUAAUCCAUUUUGUUCUUACGUUAAAAAUUAUUGGAAAAAAACUCAUCUCUAUUUUUUAGGCGUCGAUAAUUUUAUGGAUGAUGUAGAGUUCAUGGUAGGACGACGACCAUUCUUUUACUGGAGAUUUUGUUGGUGUUAUUUGACUCCCUUAUUCCUGUUCACCAUCUUGAUUUAUUUUCUGAUCGAUAUGACGCCGCUCAUGUACAAUAACGAAUACUAUCCAACAUCCGCAUACGCUGUAGGUUGGACGCUUUUGGCUUUAGGAAUUCUCCCAUUUCCCCUAGGCAUAAUUAUUGUUGGAUUUCGGAAUAGAAACAAGGCAUAUUCAAAUAUGUUCAAGCCGAGCGCCGAUUGGGGUCCGAAAGACCUGAAGAAAUAUAACGAAUGGGGGGAUUUUAAGCGCUCGAAAAGAAUAUCGCGAGCAUGUGUAAAAAAAUCGAAAGUUAUAGCGGCGUUAUUUGGCAAAAAUUGACAAUAAAAAUAAUUAACAUAAUAUAAAAAUCAA